AUGUCGGAACAAAGAUGGAGUCCGCUUCAGUUUCCAGGAAAUUCCGGGGCGGAACCUGUCAGACCUGCUGAUACUAUGUAUGCAUACAUGUUUAAUUUUUGUAUUAAGGGUAAGGGGAUAUUUAUUGAGCUUAAAUUAAUAUACUUUUCUUUUUCUUCUUCUCUGAAUAAAUAUUAUGGUUGUACGGAUGAAGGUGAGAUGAUCUUGGUGUAUGAUUACAUGGCACGUGGGACCCUCCACGACCAUCUCUAUCACACUGAUAAUCCACCUCUUGCAUGGGAUCAAAGGCUCCAUAUUUGUAUUGGCGUGGCACGUGGGCUACACUAUCUGCACAUGGCUGUGAAGUACACGAUCAUUCACCGCGACGUGAAGAGCACGAACAUCUUAUUAGACGAGAAAUGGAUGGCUAAGGUUUUAGAUUUUGUGCUUUCGAAAAUGGGCUCCACCACCGUGUCCAAGACCCAUAUCAGCACAGUGGUGAAGGGUAGUUUCGGGUAUUUGGACCCAGAAAACUACUGUUGUCAACAACUGACGGAGAAGUCUGAUGUGUACUCAUUUAGAGUAGUGUUGUGUGAGGUAUUGUGCGCGAGGCCAGCUUUGAUCAGUACAGUAGAGAAGAAGCAAAUGAGCUUAGCUGAGUGGACCAAAAUCUGUCAUCGGAAUGGGAAAAUUGAUCAGAUCAUUGAUCCGAGCUUGAGGGGUAAGAUUGGAAAUGCGUGUUUGAAUAAGUACGUUGAGAUCGCGGUGAGCUGCCUCCAAGAUAAUGGGAUUGAACGGCCGUCGAUGAACGACUUGGUGUGGGGGCUUGAGUUUGCAUUGCAGCUUCAACAGAGCGGAGGAGGAGUUUUGAAUUUGAGCGAGGAGAAGAAGGGUGAAGAUGAGGAGUCGUUAAUGAAUGCUGAAAGUGAUGCAGGGUUGAGUUGUAGCUGGGAAGACUCGUCAUCGGAGUUGAAGGUUAGUAGGGUGGCCAAGAGUAGUAGUGAUCACAAUUCUUCAACCAACGAGUCCAUGAAAGGAAUGUCUGGGACAGUCUUCUCUGAGAUUAACGAUCCCAAUGGAAGAUGAUUGCCCAACAAUUUUUCAAUGGAAUUCAUGUAUAUGUAUGAUAGUAUGUAUGCUACAAUUUGCAACUCAAUUUGUAACUUUGUUGUUUCUUAAAUUCCGUGAACUUAAAACUUUCUUGCAAUUGGUGUUUUUAUUUUAAAAAAAUUUAUACAAAACAUUAAUGUAUUUGUGUGAUA